UUUGGGGUCUCUGAAAUUAAUUAUUUUUCUUCAUAUCCAAUCCCUUGUUCGUAAAACCUCCCUUUUCCAGCGUUUUUUCGUCUCCUCCAUCUGAGAGCGAGCUUCUUCUAUACCCGCGCCGACGCACGCAAUUGAUUGCUCCAGGUAUAUAAUCAGAAGACCGAAGGAACGGUUGGGGGAGGAGAUUCCGGUUUGUUAUUGAUUAAAUCUUCAAUCGACGGGAGUCUGGAGAAAUCCCGUAUGUAUCCGCGAUUAGGAGAAUAAAAGGAUCAAAACCCUAGGAGCAACACCGUUUUGCCAGGUUCUGAAGCUAGCACAGACAACUACACAAUUGUACCCCACUUCGGGAUCUGCUAAACAGUAUAGAACUUCUGGUGCAGAAUAAAAAGUUUUUAUAAUUCUGUUACAAGGAUUUCAUGGAGCUUAAGACUGCUUCUCAGAAGACAGGCAUUUCUUCUUCUGACUGCACCAGUGAUCCUGAGAAAGAAGUAAGUGAAGCUGAGGAUGAAGAUGAUGACCGAAACCAUAAGCAUCGGAGACGGGAUGCACAUUCUCAAUCUCUGGAUGAAGAUUCAAUAGAUCAUGGUUUGACACGACCAUAUAGAAAAAGAAACAGACCUUUUGAAAAUGGGUAUGCUUACAGGGAAGGUGACUCUCAAUUAGGUGGAAUCUGGAAAAAUUCUAAUAUUCCUUCCGAUAGAGACUUCUCAAGGUUUGAGAAGAGGCGAUUAAACCAGCCCUCAUUUGCCCGAGCUCCUUUGGAAUUGAACCAAAGAAUCAGAGGAAACCAAGCAAUGCCAGGUGACAUUGGCCUUGCUAGAGGGAGGGGAAGGGAUCCUAUGCCUUGGGGCCUUCGUGAUCCUAGGUUUGGCUUGGUUGAUGUUGCAUCUCAAAUUGUUCAACCUGGACUUGUUCCUCCUUCCCUGUUUGCUGGGAGGGAGUUGGCUAAUGUUUCUAAUUCACAAAGUACAUCCUGGAAUGCCUUUGGAUUGGUUCCUGGAGUAGGUAAUGGAGGACUUGACACACUUCAUCCCAUGGGUUUGCAAGGGGCACUGAGACCAGCCAUUGGUCCAUCAAUCAACAUUGGAAUUCCACGACAACGGUGUAGAGAUUUCGAGGAACGAGGUUUCUGCUUAAGAGGAGAUAUGUGUCCUAUGGAACAUGGGGUUAAUCGCAUUGUUAUUGAAGAUGUUCAGAGCCUUUCACAGUUCAAUCUUCCUGUUUCACUUCCUGGUUCACAGCUUUUGGGAUCAUCUUCUGGACAAGGAGCUUUGCCUGUAAUAAGUACUGGCUCUGGCUCUUUAUCAAAUAAUAAAGCUUUUCAUGUACCAAAUAGCAAUCAUUCACUGAAUGAAGAAGGUUAUAGCCUGAAUGUUGGUGUUGUGGGAGGUUCCGUGGCAGCGGCAUCUGAUGUGUACGAUCCAGACCAACCUUUGUGGACAAAUGAUAACCCUGAAACAUCAGCAGCACUCCUAGGGCUUAACCAAUCAAAUGCUGAUGAAACAGAGUCAUUUAUGGAUAAGGGCUUUUCUGGUCAGCCAAAUAUUGAAUCACAUGAAGGAUUCAAUGAUGCACGUUCCCUCCGAAAUGCUAGUACUGCUAGAGGCCCAAAUUCAUCUGUGUGGGGGAGAAUACGAAACUCAAAGCGCAAGUCAAUAGAGGAAAACACGGAUUCUGUUGGAACAUCCUCUACUUAUCUUGACCAGGGCAUCAAAAGUGGAGAUGUGCUAGACACAAACAUUCCUGAAGGAAAGUGGACGAAUGUAGGGGGAAAUGAUCCUCUACCCAAGGAAUCGUCUGUGAAGUCACAUGGUGUUGGCAAUAUUCGGAAACCAUCUCAGAAAGCACUUCGCACUCUAUUUGUCAAUGGCAUUCCUCUAAAAGACAACAAAAGAGAAGCACUCCUUUCGCAUUUUCAAAAGUUUGGGGUGGUCAUUGAUAUUUAUAUUCCCCUGCACACUGAACGGGCUUUUGUUCAAUUUUCAAAAAGGGAAGAAGCAGAAGCAGCAUUAAAGGCACCUGAUGCUGUAAUGGGCAAUCGCUUUAUCAAGCUUUGGUGGGCAAAUCGAGAUAAUAUUCCAGAUGAUGGAAAGAUUGGUAUCAGUAAUAUGCCAAUUCCUCAUGGGAUGACACAUUCCUCUCCAUUUGUCCUUGAUAAGGGAAAAGAAAAUCCUCAUCCUGUUGGUGGAAAAGAUGUUAAUACCCAGGCACCUGUUCCUCAACAGACAGUCUAUGAUCAUCCAAAGCCCUCUGUCCCCAAAGCCUCUCAACCACAACAAAAGAAAUCAGAGAGUUUAGAGAUUUUGAAAGAAGAGCUUCGUAAGAAGCAGGAGAUGCUUGAUCAGAAGCGAAAUGAGUUCAAGCGCCAAUUAGAUAAGCUCACAAAACAGACUGGGGGCUCCAAGGAUGUGACCCUAUCAGAUGCUGCAAUGAAAAGGCAAAAUGGUGAAACAACUCCUACACAAGCAAAAUCUGAAGCUUCCAAUAAAUUACCUACAGAUGAUAAUGUAACAACAGAGAAAGCUACCCCUGCUGACCAUGCUGUGGAACCUACUGCCACUUCAAACCAACCUGUAACUGUGCAGGAACCUUCUAAGGCUUCAGUUCGUCCACAAGCACCUACAGGAGCACCUUUUCUUGUAAACAGAUUCAAACUGGACAAUCGCCCAACAGCAUUCAGAAUUGUUCCACCACUACCAACAGGCCUUGCAAACGUAGCUACCCUGAAGGAGCAUUUCUCUGCUUUUGGUGAUCUUUCUUCGGUGGAGCUGGAAGAAUUGAAUGGCCAGAGUAAUGAUACAUCCAUAUCGUCUGAUGUUUCAGCUUGUAUAGCCUUUACAGCGCGGCGAUUUGCUGAGAAGGCAUUCUUCCAUGGAAAAAGCUGGCAAGGUCACAAAUUGCAGUUUACAUGGGUUACACCUGCUAAUUCUCGCAAAGAAAGUAGUGCCUCUGGGAAUGUUUCGGCCUCUUCUAAUAUGCCUUUGGAUGCUAAUAAUCCACCUGCUGGAGAGGCUACCCCCGCACAUUCUGAGAAUGCUCCUGCUAACGACGAUGCUGGAGAAGCUGAGCAACUGGCAACAAAAGUUGAUACGGAUUCUUCUGAACAGGACAAGAAAGAUUCGAAUUCUACUUCAACAUCAUCUCCCCGCGAAGAACAGCUUCCUUGAAGUUCCUGGCAAUCAGAGUUGUAAAUUGAGGUAAAGUGAUGUCCAUUUAAAUAUAAAUUCACAUGGUUUAUCAAGUAGCAAAUUGUGGUAUCGGUUUUAUUUUUAUAUUUUUGUGAAACGGAAAAGGAUCUCUCUAAUUUUCUAUUUUUAGCCGGCGGCAGCAACUGCAUGUGUAAUGCAUUGUGGGUAUUUUUAGAUGUUUGUAUGAACAAAGUUAACAGUUAAAAUUUUGUUCUCAUGAAAUACCAAUAACUUUUUAGCC